AUGACCAAGCGUCUCAGACCAGGGCAGGCUGUUUUGGAAAUUGGUUUUGGACCGGGAUUGGGUAUCACCUGUGCUGCUGAACGGGUUGCACCGCACACAUACCAGGCGCUACGCAAUCGAUCACUGCGGCAAAAAGUAUUCUCCGCACCCAACCAAUUUUAUAGUUUGGAUGAUGGUAAUGCCCACGUUUAUGGGGUGGAUAUUUCAGAAUACAUGUUAUACAUAGCCAAGCGCCGCAAUCGAAGCCUGAUUGGUGCAGGGAUCUCCACUUUAAAGCUGGGUAGUGUGAACCACUUACCACUUCUGGCGAAAUCUGUAGACGCAUGCUUUCACGUGAACAAUUUCUAUUUCUGGCCUGAUUUACCUUACGCGCUUCAACAAAUCUGGCGUGUUCUUCGUCCUCAUGGUUCGAUUGUGACGACGUUUCGACCGGAAUCCCUGAAAUCGGCCGUCAAACGCGGUUGGCUUCGUUAUGGUCGUGCCGACCCUAUUGCCUACGCAAUUGCGUUGGAGCAUUGUGGGUUUACAGAUGUUCAGUGGCUUAAAUCAAUAACUCUUGACAAGGACGUUCAACCGUUUGAUGCUAUCGUGGCUCGAAAACCUCCUGUUCAGUUACUUCCGAGUGUCGAUCCUUCUUAG